UUAGCGCGACGCGAUCAUCGUCCUUGUUGUCGAAACGUCCUCUAUCACGUCAGAGACAAAGGAAGAGCAAUGCGCUGCAGAAUUAGAUUGCACUUUUUGCCUUUAGAGUUAAACAAGUGUAUAAAUUAGCGUGAAGAGAAAAGGAACGAAGUUCCAGUGCAACCCUAGUUCAGUUAAAACAAACGGACCUACAAAAACGUUCUAAAGUGCGUUGUUGCCGCGUCGAGAUACUUGAACUUUGAAUCUUGAGGGUUUGUUCGCCACGAAAAGGAAGGAACAUACUUGUGAUUAGUUCGUGUAAUGAGAGAGAGAGAGAGAGAAGGAGAGUGAAUGAGAGCGGGCUCGAUUCCACGUGGUCCGCGAUUCUACGCGUCUUUUGUUCUGAAAAGCUGUUCCAAAGAUUCGUCCGCAAGACGUAGUUUUUAUCUUGAUGACACGUGAUCACGUCUAUGUCGGAGCACUUCAGUGCGCACGAGCGGCGCGUGCUGUAGCGUCAACUAUACACAUUAACCCCUCGCUACUUUACGGCGUGCCGGCACAAAUGUCGCGGAAAGAUUGAAUCGUCCCGCGAGGAAAAUGAGCCUACCGACCGUGAGUGAUUAUUGCCUGCUGGAGAAGAUCGGCACCGGGAGCUAUGCGAGCGUGUACAAAGCAUUCAAGAAGGGCGGGAGUCGGGAGAUAGUUGCAAUCAAGUGCGUGGAUAAAGGUUCACUCUCGAAAUCGGCGAUCGACAAUCUCGUGACGGAGAUCAAGCUGUUAAAUGUCCUCAAGCACGAGCAUAUCGUAGAGAUGAGAGACUUUUUCUGGGACGAAGGGCAUAUAUAUAUCGUGAUGGAAUACUGCGACGGUGGGGACUUGUCAAGUUUCAUAAAGAAACAGCGCCGAUUGCCCGAGAACAUUUGCCGCAGAUUUCUGCAACAGCUCGCAUUGGCGUUGCGAUAUCUGCGCGAUCACAAUGUCUGUCACAUGGAUCUCAAGCCGCAGAACUUGCUGCUGAUGAAAAAACCCCGGCUGGUGCUCAAGGUUGGAGAUUUUGGUUUCGCGCAAUACCUCACGAAUUCGGAACACAAGUUCGCGAUACGCGGCUCGCCGCUUUACAUGGCGCCCGAGAUGCUGCUGAAGCACAAGUACGAUGCCCGUGUCGACCUGUGGAGCGUAGGUGUGAUUAUGUACGAGUGCCUUUUCGGAAAAGCUCCCUAUUCUAGCAGUAGUUUCCAGGAACUUGCGGAAAAGAUCAAAGACUGCCGACCUAUCGAGAUGCCGAAGGCGGCUCAUGUGUCGGCCACAUGUAAGGAUUUACUGAUGGCUUUGCUCAAGCAUAAUCCCGCCGAUCGGAUAACGUACGAUGGAUUUUUCGCUCAUGACUUUUUGGACUUGGAGCACGCGCCUACCAGAGAAAAUUACGAUAAAGCGGUGGCGUUGGUACAUAAAGCCGUCGGAGCGGACGCCGAGAGGAAUUUAAAGGAAGCAUUUUAUCUCUACUGCGAGGCCCUAAGAUAUUUCAUCCCAAUUUUGACCAAUGAAAGCGAUCCAAAGCGAAAGGAAAUAUUACGACAGCGUGUAAACGAUUACAUAAGACGAGCAGAAACAUUGAAAAUGGUGUUCGUGGACGGACAGGAUAAGCGAUCGUCGGCUGAGGGCAAGGCAGGCACUUCCCUGCAAAGGGCGUUAUUCUCAGAGAGGAGCACAGCGUUCGCAUACAAUGAAUUGCGACUCCUUAGUAAGAGUACCACGGGUAUGACAGACGCACUCGAAAUAGGAGAGGUCGCUGAACAAUACCUUGCUGAGGGUAACUAUGCUCUCGCCCUGGAAAAAUUUCAGUCGUGUCUGAGCGUGCUGGUGCCCCUGCUGGGCAAGGAACCGUCAGGACGGAGACGGGAUUUACUACACAAACAGGUACAAAUAUGGAUGAAGGAAGCCGAAAGCACCAAAGGGCUUUUAGCCACCAAGGAUAUAGAAGACUCUUCGCAACGUGCAUCCGAUGAACAAUGCGUGUUACAAUAAGUCGUAUAAGCACAAUAAUAAAUUAUUUUCAUUGUCACAA